AUUUCCACAUGUCCUCAUAGCCACGAGCUCCUCUGUCAACAACAUAUCAGUGCCUUGCGACGAGCGACGAUUCUCAUAAUGAGCAGCGACAAGUCUAGCGAGUACGUGACGUUGGUGUCGAACGACGGAUUUGAGUUUAAGCUCCUCCGCUCAGCCGCAUGCAUCGCAGGCACCAUAAAGAGAGCCAUGAACCCUGAGUCUGGCUUUCAAGAGACCACACGCAACCGCAUGGACUUUCCAACAAUCAACGGCGUUGUUCUGGAAAAAGUUUGCGAAUACCUUUACUACAAUCAAAAGCACGCAGAUAGUAAGGACGUCUCAGACAUGGACAUCCCACCUGAGCUGUGUUUGGAGCUAUUAAUUGCUGCCGACUAUUUAGAUGGUGUCGUCACCAAUGGGGCUGCGCCUCAGCCCUUCCCACCAGCAUUUCCCUGUCAGAUGCGCAUCACGAAAGACGUGAACCCUCGAGGAGCAUUUUUUACGCUCUCAAAUUCCAUCUCUAUGUCCUCUCUAUGCCGGACGCCCAGUGCGAGAAAGCGUGCUCGUGCUUGCGAAGAAUGCCAUCGGCUGAAGAUAAAGUGCGACGUGAGCACAUCCUAUGGAGCGACAUGCGAACGAUGUAGUCGCAACAACUUGCAAUGCGUUCCAGCAGCGCCACGUCUUCAACGCGAUCGCAUCCAGGAGCUUGAAGCACAGAUCCAGGAACUUCAAACUGCCUUACGAGAGCAAAGUGCCAGUACCACGUCAGGGCGGUCCCCUACAAGCCUGUCGGAUAACUACGAUGAAGCCAUCUUGACAUUCCUUGACAAUCGCAUCUCUUCAAGCAAACAGCAAGAGUUGCUCUGUUUCUACGCUUGUCAUGCCGAGGCUGCGUGGCCCGUCGUUCGACUGUCCAUUGAUUUAAAUGAGUUGCGAGCCAAAUCACCAAUCUUGUUGCUCUGUGUGCUGGUCUACUCCGUCUCGCAACAGACCCAGGGUACUGCACUGGAAGUGCAUGAUGAGUUGGUUCAAGAAGCAAUGUACAUUUUGGGUAACGAGUUGAUCGGCCGCGGACAGAGAUCACUCGAACUGGUGCAGGCGCUGCUCGUAGCUUCCUUCUGGAGCAAGUCAUCGCGGAAAGGGCGACAGGGUAGUUGCUUUCAGCUCAUUCAACUAGCAACUGAUAUGGCAAUUGACCUGGGAAUUGCUGGUCCCUCGCUACUACCGUCUCCGCCAGCGUACUUUGACAUGCAUGAGGAUCCUACUUCGCCUGAGGCACGGCGCACAUGGCUUGCCUGUUUCGUGGCAGUUUCGACCUCAUCCGUAAGUACGCGUCGAUCGAUCGCAAUUCCCUGGACUACCCAUCAUCGGGAGUGUUUACUAGACCUGGAGACCAAAGGGGAUCCAGCAGACACGCUGCUUUGCCAGAUUGUUCGCAUCACCCAGUUGAUCGAUGAGAUUUCCAGCCUGAUGUGUCUCUGUCAGUCGGCGGUGUUCAUGGACGGCAAUGAUUACGGUACCUACACUACUGUUGAGGCAUUGGUAGCCAAGGUCGACUAUUGGGCGGCUCAAAUUCCACCUAGCCUUGCAUCGUCAAAGACGCUCAAGAUAUGGUAUCAUCUAGCCAUGAUCCAUAUUCAUGAAGUCGUACUUCAUACACCCACAAACAAAACAUCGUUCGCCGCACCUUUCCUUCCCGGACGCGUCGCGGUCAAAGACUAUCCAAAGCCCUCUCACAUCAUUCAUCCCCUUCGACAAGCGCUAGAGGCCAUUGUUCAGCACUGCCACGCUGUUAUCAACACUGCUGCGGAUAUGGACCCUGUUUUGGUUCUCAGCCUCCCAACUUUUUGCUUUGCGCCGACUGUGCUUUAUUCCCUGUUUGUGUUGGUCAAUCUUUUGGUUGCGUCUACGGAUCCAGCAAAUACUUACGGACAAGUUUUGGCAAAAGACCGAUUUCGCAUUGAGGAGUGCAGCCUGAAACUACGGCUUUUGACGUCACACAUAAUGGCUCUAGAUCCUACGAUGAGCUGUUAUACUACUCGUAUGUUUGAUGCGACGACGUGGCUGGAACAUUGGUACGUUGACUACACUGCCAUUCUGCGGCGAUACGAGGCGAAUAUUGCGGCGCCGGAAAACAUGACGAUGAAUUAG